AAACUGUGGUCUGUGUUUUUUUUUCUUAUUCUGCAUAAUGCAUUUUUAAUCAUUGUGUACGAUUAUAUGGAGUAAAGACUGUACUGUAGUGAGUUUAAGAUACGCUGUAAGAGAAAGGUGACAUAAGUUGUAGAGCAUGGCGCUAUUACCACUGACGGUACUGGCAGUGGCAUCGGCAGUAGCGGGUUCGAUUCCCCGCCCACAGUACGGGUACUCGGCAGGCUUCCUACCACACUGCCCCGGCAUCAUGAACAACUCCAGCAUCAGCGCCGGCAGCAUGCCCAAGCUGCAGGUGGUCCAUCAUCAGCUCGUCAACGGCCAGGUCACGAGGCGGUCCAUGCCCGUGCUGACCGCUCCGAGGAUGCUGGUUAAGGACAAGCGAGUGGACUUCGCGAAUAAGAAGACAGUGCUAUACGCCGUGGGUUUCCUGGACAGCGCGGUGUGGCCCCACACGCAGGCCAUCGGCACUGCUUACGCUAAACGCGGGUACAACGUGUUUAUCACGGAGACCUUUAGCUUCCUCACCUAUAUCUACCCCAAAUCCGUGCGCCUAUCACGAGUUAUCGGGCAGAAAAUGGGCGAGUUUCUGGUGAAGCUGACGGAGCGGGGUCUGACGGCGGACAACCUGGAGCUGGUCGGGCUCAGCCUUGGGGCCCACAUCGUCAGCUACGCCGCUAAACACUUCUAUAACGUCACGGGCACCAAACCUUCUAGGCUAACCGGCCUCGAUCCCUCCGGGCCCUGCUACAAGACCAUGCCUCUCGAGCACCGUCUGAACCCCUCAGACGCCGAGCACAUCGACAUCAUCCACACCAACAUCGAUGGCUUCGGAACUCCAGAACCUCUCGGCCAUGUAGACUAUUACGCCAACGGCGGGGAGUACCAACCCAGCGACAUACCGUACAUACCCUGCCUAGUUGUCUGCAGCCACAUAAAAUCAGUUUUAUACUGGUGGCAAGCAUUAGAACAUCCCAAGAAAUUCAUUGCGCAGAAAUGCGACUCAGUGCAAGCAGCGAGGUACAAUGAAUGCAACAGUACUGAGACGAACGUCGUCGGAUUAGAAACUGAUUUUAGUAAGCGUGGUAUAUAUUAUCUGUCGACGUCUAACGAGUUUCCGUAUUAUAGGGGUAAGGAGGGGUUGAGGCCUGAGAAUGAUAUUUCGACGAAUUUUUUGGAGAAAUUGAAUCAAGAGGAGCUUGUUGCUUGAAUGGGUACCAGGGGUGCGAAACUGAUCCUUCCGGGCAUUCUCAGCUCAGUUCGGCUCAGAAUUGCUUCGAGCAAUUAUUAGGGUUCACACAACUUGCGUCCACAAGACCGCAGAUUAAGAAUUUGGACUUUGACAACCCUAAAUAGCCGAAAGGGAUAGUACCAUACAUAGACAAGGGACAGCAAGAUUCGUCCAUGAAUCGCUGUCAAAUUUCGGUUUUAUAGGAAGUUUCUUUUUUAUGCGGUCGUAUUUUUACUUAUUCUGUGGUUAUGCAAAUGCAGUUAUAUUAAAACAAAAGGUGUUAACAGCUUGUGUAUAUAUAAAUAAUGAUGUUAUCACACAGUUUAAAUUAAUAGAAAAGGAGAUCCCUUUUAUGCAGAUAUGGGUACAUGCAGAAAAUUUGGCUUUGUAUAUAAAAAAAAUUAUACCUCGCAUAUAAAACUUAGACUCCACAGAAGAGUCAACUUAACAGCUGUGUCCCUACCGAAAACUACCGAAUGUACUUAAAAUAUUGUAAUUUAGCCUUUAUAAAUAUGUCUGUACUUAUAUAAUUAAAUUAAGAUUAACAUAUAGUAUUAGGGCAGUUUUAAACCAAAUAAAAAGACCAUAGUGAUAGAUGUGAUACAGUCAGCCAAGAAAGUGGUUUACCACUUUUCGACUCUAUCAAUCAGAUAUUAGAGUUGAAAAGUGGUAAACCACUUUCUUGGCUGACUGUACAUAGAUAGAUAGAUAAUUCCAUAUAAUUACAUAAACGUAUCCUUUAUAAUUUUAUUACCAAUUGUGAUAUUAGGUACAACUUUACGUAUUUAGCGUGAUAUUAAGUAUUAUUAACACGAUAAACUAUAAUGUUUCGCUUGAAACAUGCCAUUAUCAGGACACGAGAAUAAAUAAAUACACCCCUUUAUAUUUAAACAUUGUAAUUAUGUACGGUUAACUCCAGCCACUGCCACUACAUUUGUGAUAUAACACUUUAAAUUCUCGAGUUUUUUUACACAUAUUUAAUUACACAAACGGGUCUACCGCGAUAUAAUUUCAUUGUUUUUAAAUUCCGACGUUUCAACUCAGCUGAUGGCCACGGAAAGACCAAAAGAAAGAGAAAAUGGUCUUUCCGUGAACACAACUGGUGCAACUCAGCUGAAACGUCGGAAUUUAAGGUAAAAACAAAUUAUAUCGCGGUAGACCCGUUUGUGUAAUUAAAUAUGACUACAUUUGUGUAUAAAUUUGUAAUUACACAACAAAACGUGAGUCACCAUUUUAUUGAGUUAUAUUUUAUUCAUAAUGCAAAAAAUUUUAGGUGCUGAUGCUAAUAGUUUAUAUCUAUUGUUUUAUUUCGAGUUUAAGUAGCUCUAUCAAGAAAAAUGUUUUUUUAAACAUAACAUUUUAAUAGUUGUUAGUUUCUUUAUAAGUAUGUCACAAAUAUAGCAUUACGUUACAGGUUAAUAAUAUUAUAAGCAAGAUAAAAAAUGUAACUAUCUUCGAAUAUAAUAGGCAGUUACCACAUUUUUCCCCUGAGAAGGCAAAGAGAGCAAUAAU